GUCUAUCUUCUGAAGCUUCAACCAUGGUGAGCGUUGUCCCUGUAGCCUACCUGAAUAGCAACACCUCAAUAUCAACACCAGAAUGGCUCAACAAAGGUGACAACGCAUGGCAGAUGAUAUCAGCUACCCUCGUUGGCCUUCAAAGUGUACCAGGUCUAGUUAUCCUCUAUGGUUCUAUUGUCAAGAAGAAAUGGGCAGUUAACUCUGCUUUCAUGGCUUUAUACGCCUUUGCUGCGGUUCUCAUCUGUUGGGUUACUUGGGCUUAUAGUAUGUCUUUUGGAAAUCAACUUCUACCCUUUUGGGGCAAAGCUGCUGUGGCUCUUGGCCAGAAUUUUCUGAUCCAGCAAGCAACUUUGCCGGCGUCUACGCAGUAUUUCGCCAAUGGCACCAUCGAGACGGCGAUGGUGGCGCCGUUUUAUCCGAUGGCAACGAUGGUUUACUUUCAGUAUGUGUUUGCUGCAAUUACACUGAUCCUUCUUGCUGGUUCUCUCCUGGGGAGAAUGAACUUCAGGGCUUGGAUGUUGUUUGUUCCUCUUUGGUUCACCUUUUCCUACACCGUCGGUGCAUUUAGUCUUUGGGGUGGUGGUUUCUUGUUCCAUUGGGGUGUCAUUGAUUACUCUGGUGGAUACGUUAUCCACCUUUCAUCUGGAAUCGCCGGCUUCACAGCUGCUUAUUGGGUGGGACCUAGGUUGACUAAGGAUAGGGAGAGAUUCCCACCAAAUAACGUAUUGCUGAUGUUGGCGGGUGCUGGGCUUCUGUGGAUGGGCUGGGCCGGGUUUAAUGGUGGAGACCCGUAUACGGCAAAUACUGAUUCGUCAAUGGCCGUGUUGAAUACCAAUAUCUGUGCGGCUACCAGCUUGCUGGUGUGGACGGUUCUUGAUGUGCUAGUGUUCAAGAAGCCGUCGGUGAUUGGUGCCGUUCAGGGUAUGAUCACGGGGCUUGUUUGUAUCACACCUGGUGCAGGUCUUGUUCAAGGUUGGGCUGCAAUUGCUAUGGGAGUACUAUCAGGCAGUAUUCCUUGGUUCACCAUGAUGGUCAUCCACAAGAGAUGGACUUUGCUUCAGAAGGUGGACGACACUCUUGGUGUAUUCCACACUCACGCCGUUGCCGGAACUCUAGGGGGUAUUCUCACCGGUGUCUUCGCAGAGCCCGUGCUGUGUUCUAUGUACUUGCCGGUCACCAACACAAGAGGUGCAGUCUAUGGAGGAACAGGUGGUGUCCAAGUUGGUAAACAGAUCGUUGGAGCCCUUUUCAUUAUCGGUUGGAACUUAGUUGUUACAUCUAUCAUUUGCUUGGUGAUAAAGCUGAUUGUUCCUCUGAGGAUGCCUGAAGAUCAACUAUUGAUAGGAGAUGAUGCUGUUCAUGGAGAAGAAGCUUAUGCUUUGUGGGGUGAUGGUGAGAAAUAUGAUUCUGCUAGGCAUGGAUGGUAUGGUGAUACUGCACAUCCUACUACAUUACAAAUGGCUACUGGUGUCACUCAGGUAGUGUAAGAGAGAGAGGUGAAGAUGAAUGGAUUUUCUUGUGUAAGGAGCAAAAGGGAUUGGUUCUUGUUCAUAUGUACUUUAUCUGUAUAAUGCUUCAAUUCUGUUGAAGGAGAUUGUUUAUUGGAGAGUUUGUGGGAUU